AUGAAGGAAACCAAGGCGGAGAGGAGCGGAGAAGGGAAAGGAAGCCGGAAGGGCGGAGGCGGCCGGAAGGGCGGAGGCCCAAAGAAGAAGCCGGUAUCACGGUCGGUCAAGGCCGGCCUCCAGUUCCCGGUCGGCCGGAUCGGUCGUUACCUCAAGAAAGGCCGCUACUCCCAGCGCGUCGGCACCAGCGCGCCCGUCUACCUCGCCGCCGUCCUCGAGUACCUCGCCACCGUCCUCGAGUACCUCGCCGCCGAGGUUCUGGAGUUGGCCGGGAACGCGGCGCGGGACAACAAAAGAACCCAAAGCCGGAGAAGAGGGGACAGGCGGAGAAGAGAAACCCAAAGCCGAGAAGAGAAACCCAAAGCCGGCACCUGA